AUGACUGUGGUUAGAGGCAAAGGCAGGAGGCAGCAGGAAGAGCGCUCCAGGGGCAAUAAGCCCUCCCAACACAAGAGGGCACCAUCCUUACCUCGUCCUCCUCCACCUCCUCCUCCACCUCCUCCACCACCAGGGCCUCCCCCACCCCCGCCCUGCAGGACCCGGUCCCGUGAGCGACCCAGGAAGAGCUCGUCAUCGGCAGGCUGUGCCCUGGACGUGGACCGUGUCUACUCGGAGGCACGGGGCAGGAGACAGCGAGACUCUGAGCUGGGUCCUGGGAUGGAGGGGGUGAUGGGGGACCUGCGAGGCCGAAGGGGCCGCACAAGGGCUGCGGUGUACCAGACCUCCGACCUGCCCUCGCUCAUACCACUUCCAGCCCAGCCAGACAGCCAGGCCGACAGGGGCAAGCCCAAGGCCACCUUUGUGUAGUGUUGAAGGAGGAUCACAA